AUGAUCAGUGGUGCACAGGGAGUGAGGCCAAAGGCACUUGCCAAUGGAAACAAGCCUCAACGCAAAACAAAAGCAAACAGGAAAAGACAGCUGGAGAAUCAACUCUCAAAAGGCCAGUUACCAUCAAGACAACAGGCAAAGGAGAAGAAAGAGCGGAAAAAUUCAUCUAUUGUGACUGAUGCAAACUCCAACGUGCAAGGUUGUAUAAUCCAGCCAGUGGUCAAAAGGAUUUUUGCCGGCGCAAACCAGUGUUUUGCAUUGUGCCAUGUUGAUGUGGUUCCAGUUUCUCCUGAAGAUCAAUCUCCAUUCAUUCCCGUGAAUAGAAUUGCCACUGUUGAAGACUCACUCCUGGACAAAUGGAGCGCAACAGAUGAUGAGGAACUGUGGGAAAAUAUCAAAGAGGAAAUUGAUCUUAUCUUUUCUUCUGCUGCGUCCGUCAAUGGGAGCUUCCUGGAAACAAGCAAUGAUGACCAUUUCAAAACAAGCAGAGAGGCCUCAGGAGUUGACAUGUCAGCAGUGAACGUGUGGUUUGAGAAAUUGGGGAAAAAUCCCAGACUUCUACAGGAGGUAACGAAUGUAGUAGAGAAUAACUUGAUCCCUUCGUUAUCUACAUCUCCUGUUGGUGUGGAAGCUCUUCGAGUCUAUUUGGUUCUGCCGGAGCUCAUAGAUGUUCUGAUCGAGCAAAGCAACGCUGUGAAGCUAACAAGUCUCCUGAGCUCAGCUAUUACCUCACUGGAGACAAGCCAACUGGAGAUUCUUGAAUCUUGGUGGAGUAACCUCAAUGAAUUUUUCUUCACGAAACUUGUGAUGAUGUAUAAACGUGCCUCUCAUAGACUUCUUCAAGAGGUGUCUAGAGAGCAGAGGGCAGUUCCUGAUCAACUGUGCAAUUGUCUGGAUAUCUUGCAAAGACUUUACAAGAUAAACUCCUAUGCAAGUUUUCAAAUCCAGGAGAACAGUUUCUACAUACUUCCAGCAGAGGUCUUCACUGGCCCUUCCAUUUCUUGUAAAGCACUGUUACAAUUAAUUCCCUACUCCUGCAUCUUCAAUAUGGAAACUAAGAUUAAAAUUUUCAGGAAACUCUCCCACGUGCGAAUUUCAGAGGGAGAAAUCGUUGAUGAAAGCAUGAUGUUUGACUAUUAUAGAAUCGCUUCUACUGGGAAUAUUGAUGCAUCUAGUAGCAAUACUGAUACCUCUGCUGAGGUCAUUCAUACCUCUGUUGGGAAUAUUGGUGUCUCUGCCAGGACCAUUGCCUCUACUGGGAACAUUUGUAACUCUCUUGAGUUCACUGAUAUCUUUACUGGGAACAUUGAUACUUCUACUGGGAAUACUAAUAUCUCUAUUGGGAACACUGCUUCUACUGGGAACAUUGCUUCUACUGGGAUUACUAAUUCCUCUACUAGGAAUAUUGAUGCCUCUACUGGAAACAUUGAUGCCUUUACUGAGAACAUUGCCUCUACUGGGAACAUCGACACCUCUACUGGGAACAUUGCCUCUACUGGGAACAUUGAUGCUUCUACUGGGAACAUUGCCUCUACUGGGAACAUUGAUGCUUCUACUGAGAACAUUGCCUCUACUGGGAACAUUGAUGCUUCUACUGAGAACAUUGCCUCUACUGGGAACAUUGAUGCUUCUACUGAGAACAUUGAUGCCUCUGCUGGGAACACUGAUGCUCCUAAUGGAUGCAGUGAUGCCUUUACUGAGGACGAUAUUAUUGUCAACCUUGAUGAGAUUCCUACUGAAUUUGAAUUUGAAGAUUGUGAUGAUGAUUUUGAUGAUUAUGAUACUGAUUAUGAUGAUUAUGUUGAUUGUUUUUCCACUAAUUAUUUUGAUAUUACCCACACGUUUAUUUUAAACACUUGGCAUCUCCAUCAGUUCAGAUGCCUUCUACACAUCGACAGAUCAAACGUCCUUCAAAACACAUUGAUGCAAUUAAGAUCUUGUAAUGACAGAGUCCUUCGUGGUUGUUUUAAGGUCUGGUUCAAGGGUGAACCAGCUAUUGAUGACGGUGGAGUGUCACAGGAGUUCUUCUCCAUCAUAGCUGAGGAAAUGUGUACUCAGCCGAAGGCAUUCAAGCUAUUCGAGGAAUCCAGGCUUGUUUGGUUUCCGGAAUGGGACCCAGAAAUUAUUGAUAUUUUUCGCCUGGCGGGAAUUCUCUGCUGGCUUGCUCUAUACCAUGGCUUUGUCGCGGACUUUCACUUUCCUUUGGCCCUAUACAAGAAGUUACUCAAUGUUCCAGUCACUCUGGAAGACCUGAAGGAACUCUCACCAACACUAGGGCGAAAUCUGCAGGAGCUUCUCAAUUAUGAGGAUGAUGAUAUCGAAGAGACAUUCUGCUGGAAUUUCACUAUAGGGAAAGAAAUGAUUGAUGGAUCUGUAACUGAACAUGAAUUUAUUCCAAAUGGUAAAAACAUUCCUGUAAAAAAACAUAACAGAAAGCAGUUUGUUGACAACUAUGUGGAUUAUGUCUUUAACACAUCAGUGGAAAAACAUUUUAAAGCCUUUUCAGAUGGAUUUCGAUGGGCUUUCCCACUGCCAGUUGUAGAUAUAUUCCUGCCUGUUGAACUGAUGGCUGUUAUCCAAGGAAACACCAAAUAUGACUGGAAACUGCUGGAGGAACAUACGGUGUACCAUGGGUACACAAAGGCUGACGAAACCAUUACAAAUUUCUGGGAAAUGUUUCAUGGACUAACAGAGGAAGAUAAGAAGGAUUUUCUUGCCUUUCUGACAGGCUGUGACAGGGUUCCAGUUGGAGGCAUGGGGAGUCUCCGAAUUACCAUCCACCAUGACCCAAGGGAUGAUCCUGACUUGUUCUUUCCAUCUGCCCACACCUGCAGCAAGAUAUUGGAUCUCCCCAAGUACAGCAGCAUGGAGAUUCUGAGAGAGAAGUUCCUUCGGGCAAUCGGAUGCAGUAAAGGAUUUGGCAUAGCAUAAGGACGGAAUUCAGAAGGCCUUCCUUCACUUUAGCUAUAAUGUCCAAUAUUGUCCCUAUUGGUAAUCAAUAUUUACAGAAUUCAAUCUAGCUGUGUUUGCAAAUGGCUGCUCAUCCCCUUCCUUUCUAAUAUAACCUCUUAUUACCAUCUAUACCCAUGUAAAAGUCAAUCUGAUGUAAAAAUUGACCCAUGAUUUUUCAUAUACCUCAUGUAAAAGUUGACCUUAGUUUUUUCGGGAAUCAUAGACCACUGGCUGCCCCACUCCUCUCCCCACUCCCCUGAGGACCCCUUCACACACUCACUUGAGAAAUAGUGGCUGAUAGGAGACACUGACCAAGGGAAGUCCUGGUGUGAAUCUGCUUGCCUGGCUUGGAGCUGCUCAAACAGAUGCCCUGCUAAUGUCACCAUUGCGGACAGCCUGAAUCACAGCACUCCCCAAGGACCCACAACUGUGACCAAACAAUCUGCCAAUCUCGCCCUGCACACAUGGCCUCAGAACUAAACAAUGCAACCUGUCCAACUACAGCAGAAUGGACCUCACCAGGGUACACCCAUCAUGUCAUAGCAACAGGCUAAGGGCAGCUGGCCAAUCCUGAGCUGUUCUAGAUAGCCAAUCUAUGUACAGGAUGCUGCAUGGGCCCAAAUCAAGCAUACAUAUAAACCCCUCGAACUUAUCACUCUUGUAAAAGUUGACCCUUAAACUUUCAAAAAUUGAAAUUUUACAUGGGUAUAUAUAUAUAUAUUGUAUUUUAUUUUUAGUUAGCUGGCUACUAAUGUAUUCAUAUUUUGGAUGUUGUACUUAGAGUUGACAACAUGUAAGUUGAUGGUGAUAAAGACAAUAAUAGUCUAAUAUUUGAAGCAAUAACUAUCAUAACACUUUAGCCUUUAAGUCUCUCAUGCAUGUCUUUGUGGAUUCUGCUGAUGUUAAGGUUAUAAAAUGUUCUGUGCGUUGGAUAGAACGACAGGAGAUGGACAAUGUUUCAACCCCCCACAGUGCUUAUACUGGGGGAAUUUUCACUGGCCAUUAGAGGUGGCUGAGGAGGGGGACCCCUGUUGUGUCUGCAGCUCACCUACUCACAGGAGGGGAGAGCAAGAGUGGGAGGUCAAAGCACCAUGAGAUUCAUAUGCAGUGAUCACUCUAAAUCACCAAGCUGACCAUCCUCAGGACAUUCACGGGAAAAUACUUGCAAUUUUUUGCCCGCCAUGUACAGACGGAUCCGGAUAAUGAUGGAUGCAAGGAAUUUGCUGUGUGUUCCAUCAAUGGUUAGUGUUGCCAACCCUCCAGGAUUACCCUGGAGUCUCCAGGGAUCAAAGAAUAAUCUCCAGGAUACUGUUGCAAGCAAAA